AUGCCGGGGCAUAAAUCGAAUGCAGAGAAAGGGGACUCGGAGAAGCAGCUGCGGAGGGACCCUUAUGAGGUGUUGGGAGUGAACAGGAAUUCUACCGAUGUAGAGAUUAAGAGCGCCUAUCGGAAAUUGGCACUGAAGUAUCAUCCUGACAAAAAUGCAAAUGACACUAACGCCACAGAUAUGUUCAAAGAGGUCACCUUCUCGUAUAACAUUUUGUCUGAUCCAGAUAAAAGACGGCAAUAUGAUGCGGCUGGUUUUGAGGUCAAUGUUUGGCUUUUUUUUUUUUUUUAA